AUUGACAUUUCAUUUCAUUUCUUCGAGGUGUGAUGUGAUCAAUGUGAAUUUAUUUUACGAUAAAUUUCCUUAUCGUAAUUGCCAUGAGGUAGCACCGGUCAAUAAUUAAAACAAUAUUUUAAUAUUAUGUCUUAAAUUUUGUUUGAAUACAAAGUUUUUCGGGAAUGCCAAACAUGAAUAAUGCCUCCGUCACCAACGAAGAAUAUGAAGUGAUAGGUGAAGCCCAUUGGCAGAUUUUGGAAGGAUCUGAUGACCAGGCAAUCAGGAUUUAUGGCUACAAAUAUUCAAGAUUCCGAUCAACAAUUUUUCGUGCGAUAUGUAUAUCACUCUGUGGGCUGCCAUAUUUUGCUCUAGCAUACUCACCCGCUUACAACCGUUACAAAUAUAUCAAAUGCAGCUUGAAAAAUGCAGAACACAUUUGUGUCAUGGACAGCGAAGGCACCUUUACAAUAGUAAAUGUGGAUAUAAUAGACCUGAAUUUGUUGAACCAUAGAGACAACACACUUCGUUUUUUCAUAUACCAACAUAGCCGAUACAUCUGGCUGAAUGAUCAAGGAGCAUUUAUUAAUGUACAGGCACUGAACGAAAAACUUACAUUGAAUAUAUUGAUGGAAAAUAUAUCUGGGAUCAAUAAAAGACAACAGAAUGAGCUUAUCAAACUUUAUGGAAAGAAUUCGGUUGAGGUGGAAGUGAAAAGGUACUGGACAAUAUUUUGCAGUGAAGUGUUCAAUCCGUUCUAUUUGUUCCAAAUAUUCUCGAUAAUUCUCUGGUCUUUGGAUGAAUACUACCAGUAUGCGACAUGUGUGUUCAUACUGUCCGCUAUAUCCUGCAUGUUGGCCCUCUACGAAACUAAACAGAUGAGUGUUAAAAUCCACAAUAUGGCUGGUUCCACCUGCACAUUUACGGUGAGCGUUUUACGUCCGUCUCGUACCGGACGCGAGGAGUGUGUGGUGAACGCGAGUCGUCUCGUACCCGGUGACGUGCUCGUGCUGCCCCCUGAUGGGUGUGUCAUGCCCUGUGAUGCUAUGCUCCUGACGGGAUCCUGUAUUGUCAAUGAAAGCAUGCUUACUGGCGAGAGUGUACCGGUAAUGAAGGGACCGCCUUGUCCAACCCCGGAAAUAUAUUCCACAGAGAAUCACAAGAGACACACACUGUUCGCAGGCACACAUGUCAUACAAACGAGAUUUUAUGGAAAUAAUCAGGUAUUAGCGAAAGUGGUGCGCACUGGGUUUUACACAGCGAAAGGGGAAAUGAUCAAAAGUAUAUUGUUCCCAAAGCAAUUUGACUUCCAAUUCUACAAAGAUGCGGUGAAAUUCGUUAUUUUUAUGUUCUGUAUCGCCGCCAUGGGAAUGGUUUAUUCGAUUUGGUUGUAUGUGCAAAGAGGGAGUUCAUUGGGCACAAUAAUUCUUCGGACGCUGGAUAUAAUAACAAUAGUCGUCCCUCCGGCGUUGCCCGCUGCUAUGACGGCGGGUAUCGUGUACAGUCAGCAACGGUUGAAGAAGAAUAAAAUUUUCUGUGUAUCACCGCCUAAAAUUAUUAUCUGUGGGAAGCUUCAGGUCAUGUGCUUUGAUAAGACUGGAACCCUCACAGAGGAUGGCUUAGAUCUAUACGCAGUAAUACCGUCUAAUGAGGAAGAAGUCUUUGGCCGAUGUGUGGAUGACAUCAGCUCGCUUCCAACCAACAGUCCAUUGGUACAGGCCCUGGCCUCUUGUCAUUCUUUGACAAGUAUUCAGGGACAGUUGAAGGGAGACCCACUCGAUUUGAAGAUGUUUGAGUUUACACAGUGGGUCUUGGAGGAGCCCGGACCAGAGAAUACUAGAUACGAUAAUCUAACACCAGCGAUUGUUAAACCACCGUUCACAAGGAAUGAAGAUUUGCAAAAUUUGGAUAAUUUGGACCCGUUGACUAUGGAAAUGCCUUACGAGAUUGGACUGUUGCGAAGAUUCCAUUUCUCCUCUUCACAACAAUCUAUGGGUGUCAUAGCAAGAAUAUUGGGACAGCCCUCUAUGGUCUAUUAUGUUAAGGGAGCCCCAGAAAAGAUUGCCGGCAUGUGUGAUCCUCUAACAUUGCCAGAAAACUUCAAUUCCACAUUAAACGAAUACACGUCAAAUGGUUUCCGUGUAAUCGGUCUUGCGUAUAAGAAACUUGACCGUAAAAUGAAGUGGAUGGACGCGCAACGGGUUAAAAGAGAAGUUCUGGAGAAUGGAAUGACUUUUCUGGGUUUUUUGGUGAUGCAAAAUAGCCUGAAGCCGGAAACGACGCAUAUCAUUAAGGAGCUUCAUGAGGCUAAUAUGAAGCAGAUUAUGGUUACUGGGGACAAUAUAAUGACAGCUAUGUCAGUCGCGCGAGGUUGUUUCAUGGUGCAACCGCAACAAAAGGUUGUACUCGUAACAAUAGGCCUGCAACAGACCGGAGAUCAAAGGCCACCAUUGUCUAUGGAGAUUGUGGGCGAAGGUGGGCCACCGAAGUUAGCCAUUGAGGACUAUGUGAUCGCUAUGGAGGGAAAAACAUGGGCAAUUGUUAGAACGCAUUACCCGGAAUUCAUGCCUACUGUACUUAGCAAAGGAAUGAUAUUCGGUCGAUUCGGCCCAGAUCAAAAGACGCAGUUAAUAACAGCGUUACAAGGGGAAGGCUUGAUAGUGGGUAUGUGUGGGGAUGGUGCCAACGAUUGUGGGGCUUUAAAAGCCGCACAUGUUGGGAUAUCUCUCUCUGAAGCAGAUGCCUCUGUUGCGGCCCCUUUCACAUCUCAAGAGCAGAACAUAACGUGUGUGAAAUUGCUGGCUUUGGAAGGGCGAUGUGCUUUGAGUACGUCCUUCGCGAUAUUCAAGUACAUGGCUCUGUACUCUCUCAUACAAUUCUUCUCUAUCCUGAUACUGUACAAUUUCUACUCGAUUCUCGGCAAUAACCAGUUCCUGUACAUCGAUCUAGUUUUGACAACUCUAUUGGCUCUGUCCCUUGGUCGAGCGGGACCUGGCCCAAUACUUACAAAGCAAUCGCCUGCAGUGUCACUAGUAGCAUUGUCUAGUCUACUCCCACUCUUCAUACAAGUGACGUUAGUGCUAGUGGUACAAGUAGUGGCUACUGUGCUACUCUUCUCGCAGCCUUGGUUCGAGUCGGUGAAAGGUGGACCAGAUAUAGAGCAAGUGUUGUGUUGGGAGAAUACAGUAAUAUUCAUCGUGACCGCAUUCCAAUAUUUGAUAAUGGCGUGCGUCUACGCUAAAGGCUGGCCCUUUAGACAACCUUUUUGUGCCAAUUAUUACAUGGUGAUAACAUUACUGAGUCAGGCGUUUUUCGUCACCCUUCUCCUGUUCUGCCCUUGGCAGGGUUUGGCGAACUGGAUCGAGGUGGAAGUGAUGAAGGCGUCCCACAUUGAGGAGAACUACUUCAGGGUCUAUAUCCUCAUCAUACCGGUUCUUCAUCUGCUAAUCGCUGUGGGUGUUGAGGCCACUUUCUCAGACCCAGAACUCUUCAGCAACAUAUACAGCUCCUUCCGGCGUUGCAACACAAAGGAAGAGAACUCGGCGGACGCUGAAUGCCCCCUCUGGCCCCCUCAUUCCCCCUCCCACGUCUGCUGACAUAUAAGUAUGUAUUUUAAAAUAUGGAUUUAAAUGCGAAUUUUACAUUAUUGCUUAUUGGAGGAAUCAUAAUAGCUACGGUAAUAUAAUUUCAUUGAACUUAGCUAUCCGUGGCCAUAUUUGGAACACAGUGAACUGGACGUUUUUGCCACUAUGUAGAACCAGCUACCCGCUGAAUUAUUUUCGAAACAAUUCGACUUAGGGUCCUUUAAGAAAUGAGCGUAUCAAUUCUUGAAAAGCCGUUAACACACUCGCGAACCCUCUGGCAUUGAGUCUCCAUGGGUGUCGGUAUCACUUUAUAUCAAGAAUUAAAACCGAUUUGUUAAAAACAAUUCUAGACGAAUUAUAUUAAUAUUCGAAUAUUGCAUGUUUGUUUAGUUCCAAAUAUGUCCAUAGAGCUCAAUAUCCAUACAAAAAUCUAUGAUUACAAUAGCUAUUAACGUAUUUUUAGCUAAGGCCUCUUCACGACCUUGCUCUCUUCCUCUAAAGUUCUGUUCAACUCUAUCAUUGUAUAAUCAGUCAUCUGUUGUCUCUUUCCCUCAUUGUGUAUACGCUGUGAGGGACAGAGACAGAUCUAUAUUUAACAGUGCAAUAGAUUUGGUUUUGUUAGAGCAAGAGGCCAUAUACGCAUUAAAUCUUUAUGUAAAUAGCGAUUAAAAUAAGUUUGAAAUGUUAGUAUUAGGAUUUUGUUAAAUUGUUUCCUACACGAUAUUGACAUUUUUUGCGUUAUAUAGAAAUACCUAUUAACAUUAUAAACACUUGGGUGUUAGUCUUUUACUUACUAAACGGGCAGAUACUUUUUCUAUAUUAAAAAUCACAUAUUAUGCGUUUGGAUUAUAGGAUAAAGUACUAUUUUAAUGAUUGUUUCUACAAAUUCCAUCAAAAUUAACCCAGUAUUUGUAAUGUCUUAGGUACUCCAAAGUUGUAUUACGUACUUAACCAAGCUUAAAGAAAUCUAAGUUACCCUUAAAAAACUAUUUUUGUCUCUCUUACAUUAUUUUUCUAUAAUAUAUUUAUUUAGAUAUCCAUACUUUUAUAAGGUUAGAGAAUAUACUUAAAAGCACAUAAAUCAUCGUAUAGUCUUCAUAAACUGUCAUAGUCUAUGGCUACGACGUGUUUCGAAAUGAUAAUUGUCACCUGUCAAAACCAGGCUUGACCUAUGGCCGCUAUAUUGACGUUAGAUGUACAUAUAUAAGAAAGCCGUUUAUGAAUUAUUUAUUUGUAGAUAUUCAUUACCUAUACCAGUACUUAUUGUGGUUAUGUAUUUUCGUAAGAAAUUCUUGCUAAAGACAGAUUGUCAAGUAACGAGCCGAGCCUAUUAUUAACUUUAUCUCUGCUCUCUCUGAAUAUUAUUGCCUCCAUAUACUAAAAUGUAUGUCUUAUACGUUAUAGAAUCUUGUCAGGUUUAUGAAGAGCAUAGAUAAGAAAUCUUUAAUCUGUGUAGCCUUAGGCCACGACCUAAUGGAAAAUACAAAAAAGUAUCAUAAUGGACUAUUUGACAGGAUUUUAAAAUUAUAUAUAUAAAUAAUUUCAGAUUAUUUAUUAGUUACUAUAGAACCAAUCGUUAUUUUAAUUUCUGUGUUGGCUUUAAAAAUUAAAAUGAAACGUUCAUAAUUUCAAGAAGCCGCCAAUACUUAUCUAAACACUAGACAAACUGGCGGCACACUAUGCUUUGAACGCGUAAACAAACCUCAAGUUUGUUUUAAGAAUAUAUAAUUAUACAAAUACACAUAUUAUAUAUUGUCAUCAUAAACAGUCCGGGCUAGAUUAGACCACAGAACACGUAUAGAAACAUGCUAAGUCACAAUCGCUUUGACUAAUCUGUGACUUUUUGUGUAACUGACGUAUUAAAAUCAAUGUUAUUAAUUAUGUAUUUAUUUUUUUCAAUAAAUUAAUAUUUGUUAUUUAACACCACGAUUUAUACACAUUACUGUCAAUAAAAAAUUAUACUCUCAAAUUGCCAAUUUUGGUCGAUAAUUCGCUCUCCAUUUUAGACCGUCUUUGUUGGGUUUAUCGGUACCAGGGUGUCUUGUAAUAAGAUGCCUCUUGCCGCGUUUUGUUCUACUUGACAAUCUAAACAGUAAGAAUGAAUUAACGAAACAUUCAAAUUAUCAACGCAUUUCAUACUUCGUCUCUUUCUUUCAAAUGGUAUUUACGCUGUGAUGAAAAAAGACAGUAUAAUGAUGCCCGAUAUAAAACCCCAAAGGUUUUGCAAUUCGAAGUGGAUUUUUUUCCAAAAUAUCCAUUUAUUUAAUCUAGUUUAUUUCUAAUUUAUGAGAAUGUCAAACCAGUGUUUUUACAUAGAGAAAUGUUUUCAUGGUGAAAGCGUCCGUAUUGGAAUGCAGUCAAUUUUUAAAAUCAAAAAUAAAUGUUUAUUCACAUAUAAAUGUUUUACCGUAUUGUACGUACUAUCUAUUGGAUAUUUUUGUAAUUAGACAAAACUAUUUUAGGUUUAUAAUACGUUUUCGAAUGAGUCUAGAUUUUUCAGUUAUAUACUUUUGGCUCUGUGUACAUUAACAGCGCUUGAACAUAAAGGGUACUUUAAAGCAUAGUUCUUAUUUAGUUUUUAUAGCAAAUUAUGUAUUUCAAACUUUGUAUGCAAGAAAAUCUAUUUUUCUUUUAGAUAACAAGAAACUUUUUGGAGCCUAGCUUUUUUAUAUCAUUAACUUCUGUAGCGCGACUUAAAUGAAUUAUUGUAUUUAAUUAUUGCGUAGUAUAAUGCACGUACAGUUAGUUACUUACAAAUUGGCUAGUUUAGCAAAUUCAGUUAACAGUAUUUUGCAGUUUAAUACCAAAAUUCAGCAAUGCAGUUAAUUUAGUAUUAUUUAAGGCUAUGCUUCAUUCCUAAUUAUCUAGUACUUAGUUUUUAGUCAAAGUAAGAAUUGUUUUCGAUGUGUGAUUUAUUGAAGGAUAGUGCAAUUCAUAAAAUGUAUUUUCGAUAACCUGCUGGCUUGUCAACUGAUUUACGUUUUCAUACAAAUGUUUUUGAUGAAAUAUAUUUGUCUCUUUCUGUCAUAGUGAUACACGAGGAGUGGGAAUGUAAAACAAAAGGCGAAACCUUGUUUUCGAUUGUGAUUGGUCAAAGGGACCGUGACGCAUGUAAACGCGUAUUGGAGAUUUUGUUGACCAAUCAGAAUCAAAGAGAGCGCGUUACGUCUUUUGUCCAGUGCAUUAGUUAAAGAAAGAUUGCGAUACAAGACUUAUAGCGAUUUUUAGCCAAUUUUAUUUAUAAAUCGUCUCUUAUUUUGUAUUGUGUAACCAAUAUAUAUCUAGUGCAUUCUUAAUACCACUCAGACUAAAGGUAUAUUUAGUCUUGGCACAUUACUUCUAUAGAAUAGACUAGUGACCGAUUUGUCUAUGUGUAUUUGUUUUUUACUCGAAACUGGAGUCAUAAUUAUUACUUGAAUUUUUAUUUAAAUCUAAAAAUUUCAAUCAUUUUUCUUACAUUUAUUGUAAAUUAAACAAAGCUUGCCACACUUGUGCAACUCUCUUUAAAGUUAUACCAAUAUAGCUAUCAAGAAAUUAAACUGAAUCCUAAGUUAUUGAUAGAGUCCAAAGGUCAAUCAGUUGACAAUGCUAAGUCAAACAGAAUUUGUCACGUCUAUCGAAACUUGGAUACGUGUUUUAUAAAUGUAUUACACGAUUGUGGUCCUAAUUCUUGUUGUAUUUCUCGAAUAUUGGGAAUUUGUUGACUGUUUUUUAUUUAAUGUAGUCGAAUAUGAAUUGACUGUAAACACUUGAUGUGACCAAAUGUAUUGAAUAAAAGUCGUUAUAGCAA